AUGGCCCCUACGCCACCCUCAGCGGAUGUAGCGUCGUCAGCGUCACCGCAUAGCGAAGACCUGUUUACUGUCUGGGCCGCUCUGCCAAGAAGCGACACUUUUGGCGGUAACUUUGCUCAGCCUUGCCAAGCAAAUUUUCAGACUUACAACAAGCUCGAGUUGAUUGAGCAGGAGCUCCAGUCCAUCAAGCAGGUCGUCCAUCCGCACGGCACCAAUGGUGCCGAGUCAAACUGGACGCCGCCUACCCCGCAGGUAUUGAUUCCCAAUGCAUCAGAAAAUCACAGCCGUACAUUUGCGCAAGCCGUACCACAAGCGCCCACACCGCUGUCCGAACCAUCGGCCGCUGCGCCGCCGUCCGCACAGCUCCCUGAGCAGCGCCCCAAGUCCGGCCCCACCCAGGCCCGGAUGCUUGGCGAACAUAUAGUCUCCGGAGAAGACAUUGACUGGUACUUCAACAAAUUCCUGCAAUGCUUUCACCCUGCGCUUCCUAUCUUGCGAAAGCGGGACCCGGAUGAAUGCUACGAAGCCAGUCCGAUUCUAUUCUGGGUCAUUAUAUACGUGACCUGUCGUCGAUAUACCAAAGACCGUGUCUUUUUCCGCGCAUUGGUGGAUCAUGUUGAAAAAGAGAUCUCGAUAACACUAAUGGACCCAGUCAUGACGCUGGAGACUGCACACGCGGCAUUGUUCCUCUGCUCGUGGCCUCUCCCUGUCAUUCGACUCUUGACAGAUUCAUCCACGACAUACAUCAGCAUAGUCAUGACUGGUAUCAUGAUGAUUGGAGUACACACUGGCCGCGGCAGUCACAAGCAAUUCUGUGUUGGAACAAGACGAAAAGGUGGCAUCUUCACCGACGAGGAAGCAGCCUCGACGUGGAUGGCUUGCUGUGUGCUUGCUCAGAAGUUUCUGAAUCGCUUUCACACAGCAAUGUCAGUGCAUGCGUCCAGUCAUGGGCAGGCUCCCAGUUCUGAAGUUGCGCGAUGGGAGCAAGAGUUUGAGACGCUGAGGCCCGCGAUCAUUCAAUCCAAUACUGAUCUUACCUAUGUUCUCUCUCUCUCAGCUCUACUCGAGAUUCAAACUUUUUACUUCUCCGCCAACCCGGAAGCGCCGCCACACAUCCAGCGUAUCAACUAUCUCCGCGCAUUCAACACGGCCCGAAGCCUCAUCAGCACGGUGCUCGAGCAAGAGUCGCGCAGUAAGUUUCUGACGCACGCCACGAAUCAGAUAUUCCGCAGCUUAAUCGACGCCGCCUGCAUCGUCACCAGUAUGCUGUACUCGACGUCAGCGCCACCCGACAUGUCGCCCAACGACGCCAACCAGCUGGCGCAACACGCCGCUGCCGUGCUCCACCGCUGCUCCGUCGAGGAGAGCGACCUUCCGCACCGCAUCGGCGUCAUUAUCGAAACUUUUUGGAACAUUCGCCACCUCAUUCCGCGCAUCGAAAGUGGGCCUCGCGCUUGGUCCGACCGCCUGGGCGUCGGCAUGUCAUUUUGGUGCCUGGAGCUGUAUAAGCGCGGUCUCCGUGCCGCUCAAAAGAAUAGCGAGACGGCGGCAGCGGCAAACCGGGCCGAUGAACUCAUCCAUGCCCACUGCAGGAAACGCCAAAAUCGGGCGCAGCAUUCUACCGAAGCACCCGCCGUCGAGAAUGGCGUCCCGACUUCGACGACGCUGCAAUCUGCGCCGACGUCGGUUAGCCAUCCGAACAACAUGUUGCAGCCCAUGGCUAUGGGCCCGGAUAUCUUUCAAGAGAUCGACUGGUCUAUGUUCACGGACGACUUUGGCUGGAUCGGCGAUGAGGGCGUACUGCUUGGCCUUCCGUGA